AUGCCAUAAUUAACUAUUUAAACACUUAAUAGGUUAUGCGAAUACUUUUUAUACUUAGCAAAAUUAGAAUCUGAAAUAGAAAUUAUUAGAAAUGUCCUGUGUGAACAUCAUCGUUUCCAUCCAUUUUUUAUAUUUAAACACAUAGAUGGAAUUUCAAUUAAUCCAAAAGGAUAAUUAGAACCUUAAGAUCUUCUAUAAUUUCUAGAAGACAAUGGUUUUGUUCAUAAUUUAUAAGAAUGUAUUCAAUUCAUUGAUUUAUACGAUGAAGAGUCUAAAGGUUUUUUACUUUAUUCAUAGUAAAUAUUUUUUAUCUAUUAUUAGAUUCUUAAGAAUUUGUUUACCUCAAAACAAUGUUCAAUUAAGGUAAAAAAUUGCACUCUAAAAUGUUGAUCUUCCUCAUUUAGAUUAAAAGAUUUCAUACACAUUAUCAAAAUUAAUCAACUAUGAAAUACAAGCUAUGUAAACUACUUCAUCAUUACUAUAAAAACUUUAAGAUUCUUCUGAUUUCACUCCUACUGCAUGUUUUGAAUUCAUGGAUCCAUACAACUCCAAAGUCUUAAUGAUUUCUAAUUUUAAAGAACUCUUCUAACAUUCAGCUAUUAUUAUCUACUCUCAUGAACUUUAAUCAUUAUUCAAAAGAUUUGAUCUUCUAAAUGAUGGAGUCAUUGACAAAUCAGAAUUCAUGAAAUAUUUUUAAAAAAGAGUCAUCCAACCUAAAGAAUGUAAAACUCCAAUUAAAGAUAAAAAUAUUUAGAAAUCAUUAUAAUCUCAAUAAACUAAUAGAUCUAAUAGAUCUAAAAAACCAUAAACUACUACUCCCAUUAAAAAAUUAAAUUCUAUCUUAAAAUAAACAGGAUAAAUAGGAUAAUCACCUAAAAAAGAAUUUGAUAAUCAAAGAUCAGUUAGUUUUAUUGAUAGUUCGAAAAUUUCAAAAACUUAAAAUCUAAAUUCCAGUUACAUUUUUAAGACUCCUAAUUCAUAAAAUAAAAAAUAUAUUGAUUAAAAAACAGAAUUGAGAGCAUAAAUGUAAUUAUUUAAAGUUUAAAAAUAACAUUUAAGUUUUAAUAAUUCCACUACUAAGAAACCUAUUAAAAAACCUCCAUAAAAAAAUAUUAGUAAAUAAUCACCAAAAAUAAAUUAAAAAUUCUUUAAUCCUUCUUAAUAUUUAAAAGAUACAUUAAUUAAAUUAAUGGAUUUUGAAAAAGAAAUAGAACACAUUAAACUUAAUUUAUAAGCAGUUCCUGAUUUUUCUAUUUGUAAUACAUUCAGAGCUUUAGACAAAAAGAAAAUUGGAUUCUUAGUAGCUGAAGAUUUAGAACAAUUUAUUAAUAAAAAAGAUUUAUCACUGGUUUUAAAGAAGAUAUGUAUAGAUGGUAGGAUUAAAUUUAAUUAAUUCAUCUAAUUAAUAUAGCCUUUAUCAAUUUAUCAUUAAGAUCAAUAAAUUAAUAGAGAGUAAUAAAUUUUAGAUGAAAAAUACAUAAUUCAAGGAAGAAUAAAAUAAUUGUUAUCUCUUUUAUUUGAAAGAUUAUACUAAAGAGAACUCUUUUUCGAUUAAGUUAAUUAGGAAGUAAAAAAUAAUUAAUAAUGUGAUGUAAAAUAUUUGUUCAUGAUGAUUGAUGAAGAUUCUUGUGAUAAUGAAAUCAGUUUAAAAGAUGUAAUAAUAAAAUAAAUAAUUUUUUUAGCUUGAUUCCUUUCUGUAUAAAUAAGAAGUUUAACCAGAAUUAGAAGAUUUGGAAUUACUUUUUAACAGAUUGGAUACAGACAGAGAUGGGAAGGUAUCUUUUCCAGAUUUUAUCAACAUUUUUUCCUUUUGA